GUGCUGCAGAUAGGGGCUGCCAACACAUGCGGCGCGUCUGCAGGUGAGGGAACAGGCUGAAUAUGCUGGACACACUGAGGAAUUCAACCAAUGUUUCCUAAAAACUGUGUCGGAUUUACAUUUUUUAUAUUUUUUAUUUCCGUUUGAUUUUUUUUCUUCUUCUUCUGUUUAACACAACCCCUGAUUUUUCAGUCGUUUGUGCGUUGUGGAGUUGGAUCGCAAAAGGAGAGAGAACUAUAUACUGUCUGCUGAAUGCAAGUGACUUGGAGGAAGAGAGCUGAAUAGGCAACCGGACAGGUAAUUUCGCCUCAUAUUCACAUCCUGAAGAACGGAGACUUGAAAGGCUCCGCACAGUCAAUACUCGCCGUAUGAGUUUGGAAACUGCGCGGGCAUUUAAAUGAUCCUCUGACAUAUCUGGACAUAUCACCGGACAGAGGAAUAUUGCAGCCUCACCCAAAAAAGGAGAUUCUAACCACAAACUGUGAGUAAAACGGCGCUACAUGGACUGAUUUUACUUUCUGGUGAUAUGAUGUCCGGACUAUAACGUGUUGGCUGUUACGCGCAUGAAAUUCAAAUAUUUUUGGCACAGUCCGGAGCGCACGGAGCCUCUCCGUUGUGUUUUUUGAUAACGCUGCGUUUUUUUACUAAAUCAAGAAAAGAGCAACUUACAAUCCAGUGCUUGAGGAGGAAAAGCAGAGGAGAAAGGAAAGCCCGUGCACUUGCUGCUUUUCACUGCAGCAGGAGCGAUGUAGGAAGUCGUCCGGAGGAUGAAGUCUCACGCAUCCCGAAACAGGGGGCUUUGCUCUUAAUGAAAAAAAGAUAUUUUAUUUCCACAUUCGGACUUUCCUAUAGUGAUUAAAUUCUUUUUUUUGCGUGUGACAUUUUUCAAAUCUAAGUGGACAUUUUCAGAGGGGAACAAUGAUGACUUCUGGUGCAGUGGACUAUUUGUACUAUUGCAUGCUCAUCCUGCAGCUUGUGCAUCAGCCCGCUGCAAAGCAAGUGCUCCGGUACCGUUUGGCUGAGGAGGGACCCGCCGAUGUCAGGGUAGGGAACGUAGCGGCCGACCUGGGCAUUGUUGCCGGGUCCGGUGAGGUGACAUUUACGCUCGAGUCCGGCUCUGAUUUUUUCAAAAUAGACAACAUAACAGGUGAGCUCACCACCAAUGAGAGAAGGAUAGACCGUGAAAAAUUACAGCAGUGCCAAAUGAUAUUUGAUGAAAAUGAGUGUUUUAUAGAUUUUGAAGUGUCAGUGAUUGGACCGGCACAGAGCUGGGUAGACCUCUUUGAGGGAAAAGUCAUCAUAUUAGAUAUAAACGAUAAUACUCCGUCUUUCCCCUCCCCUGUCCUGACACUGUCUGUGGAGGAAAACAGACCCAUUGGAACCCUUUAUCUGUUGCCCACAGCCACAGACAGAGAUUUUGGCAGAAAUGGAAUAGAGAGAUAUGAGCUUAUUCAGGACAAUGGGGAGAACUCAAGGCGCUCUUCUGGGGAUUCAUACUCAGGGAAGAGGAGAUUUGAGGAAGGCGCGAGCAGGAGCAGCGUCUUUGAACUGCAAGUUGCUGACACCACUGAUGGAGAGAAGCAGCCUCAACUCAUCAUUAAAGGGGCCCUUGAUAGGGAACAGAGAGACUCCUAUGAGCUCACCCUGCGUGUUAGGGAUGGAGGAGAUCCCCCUCGCUCCUCCCAGGCCAUUCUGAGGGUGAUGAUCACUGAUGUGAAUGACAACAGCCCUCGGUUUGAGAAGAGUGUGUAUGAAGCUGACCUACCAGAAAACAGCUCCCCUGGCGCCCCCAUACUACAGCUCAAAGCGGCUGAUGCAGACGUGGGGGUUAAUGGUCAAAUAGAAUAUGUGUUUGGGGCAGCCACAGAGUCAGUAAGGAGGCUGCUGAGGCUGGAUGAGAGCACAGGGUGGCUGAGUGUGUUGCACCGCAUUGACCGUGAAGAAGUGAGCCAACUGAGGUUCACGGUAAUGGCCCGUGACCGAGGCCAGCCACCCAAAAUGGACAAGGCCACCGUGGUGUUGAACAUCAAGGAUGAGAAUGACAAUGUGCCCGCUAUUGAGAUACGAAAAAUUGGACGCAUUUUCUUAAAAGAUGGGAUAGCCAAUGUGGCGGAGGAUGUGGUGGUGGACACACCCAUUGCCCUAGUUCAGGUGUCAGACCGCGACCAGGGAGAAAAUGGCAUAGUAACCUGCACAGUGGUAGGGGAUGUGCCCUUUCAGCUCAAACCAGCCAGUGAGAUGGAGGGUGAGCAGAAUAAAAAGAAAUAUUUCCUCCACACAUCUGCACCGCUGGACUAUGAGGCCAUACAGGAAUACAAUGUGGUCAUAGUGGCUGUGGACUCUGGAAGCCCCAGUCUGGCAAGUAAUAACUCUCUUAUCGUCAAAGUGGGCGACACUAACGACAACCCUCCUAUCUUCAGCCAGAAUGUAGUAGAGGUGUCAUUUCCAGAAAACAAUGCCCCUGGCGAGAGGGUGACAACAGUGGUGGCCAUUGACGCAGAUAGUGGGAAGAAUGCUGAAAUAGCCUAUUCCCUAGACUCAUCAGUGAAUGGGAUUUUCUCUAUCGAUGCAGACAGUGGAGACAUCCGAGUAAACACCAUUCUGGAUAGAGAGCAAACAGAGCGCUAUGAAUUCAAAGUGAUAGCCAAAGAUAAGGGUAUAAACACCCUACAGGGCUCUGCGACAGUGGUUGUCCUUGUGGCCGAUAAGAAUGACAACGAACCAAAGUUCAUGCAGGAUGUAUUUACCUUCUAUGUCAAAGAGAACCUUGAGCCAAACAGCCCAGUUGGCAUGGUUACAGUCAUUGAUGCAGAUAAAGGCCAAAAUGCAGAGAUGAGUCUUUUCAUUGAGGAAGAAGAGGACAUCUUUUCAAUCGAGAAUGACACUGGAACUAUUUUCUCCACUCUGUCCUUUGACAGAGAGCAGAAAACUACAUACACGUUCCGUGUCAAAGCUGUGGAUGGGGGUGACCCACCCAGAUCAGCCACCGCCACUGUUUCGCUUUUUGUCAUGGAUGAAAAUGACAAUGCACCAACAGUUACCUACCCAAUAAACAGUUCCUACACUCUUCUUCCGCCCUCCAGUAACAUCAGAACAGUAGUUAGAACUGUCAUAGCCACUGAUACCGACACCGGCAUCAAUGCAGACCUGAACUACAGCAUCAUUGGUGGAAACCCCUUCAAGCUGUUUGAGAUUCAUGGGGUCACUGGGGUCAUUUCACUGGUGGGGAAGCUGGAACAGAAGCAUUAUGGCCUCCAUAGACUUGUGAUCCAGGUGAAUGACAGUGGGCUGCCUUCCCAAAGCACCACCACACUGGUUCAUGUGUAUGUUAAUGAGACUCUGUCCAAUUCCACAGUUGUGGAAGCCCAGGUGGCAAAGAGCCUGAGCACAUCUCUCAAUACCAACAUUGCUGGUGACCCCAAUUAUGAUCUAAGCAAACAGCGGCUAAGCAUUGUAAUCGGAGUAGUUUCGGGCAUCAUGACAGUUAUUCUCAUUAUUCUUGUUGUCGUCAUGGCCCGUUACUGCCGCCCCAAGAAUAAGAAUGGCUAUGAGGCCGGCAAGAAGGAUCAUGAAGAUUUCUUCACACCCCAGCAACACGACAAAUCCAAGAAACCCAAGAAAGAUAAGAAGAAACAGAAAUCCAAACAACCACUCUACAGUAGCAUUGUCACCGUAGAGGCCUCCAAACCCAACGGCCAGCGCUACGACGGUGUCAACGAGAAGCUGUCGGACAGUCCUGGCAUGGGCCGGUACCGCUCAGUCAAUGGAGGGCCGGGGAGCCCAGAUCUGGCCCGGCACUACAAGUCCAGUUCACCACUCCCUACUGUCCAGCUUCACCCACAAUCACCAACAGCUGGUAAAAAGCACCAGGCAGUUCAAGACCUGCCCCCUGCCAAUACCUUUGUUGGCACCGGAGAUAACAUUUCCCUUGGAUCUGACCACUGCUCUGAAUAUAGCAGUCAAACUAUCAACAAGUACAACAAACAGCCGUUUCGCCGAGUGACCUUCUCGGUGGUGAGCCAGCCCCAGGACCCUCACCAGCAGGGAUCGCUGCAGAGCUGCUACGACAGCGGCCUGGACGAGUCGGAGACACCCAGCAGCAAGAGUUCGUCGGGCCCCCGGCUGGGCGCCCUUCCCCUACCUGAGGACAGCUACGAGAGGACAACGCCGGAUGGCAGUGUCGGUGAGGCAGAGCACAUGGAAAAUGACUCCCGGCCCUUGCCUGACGUAGCCAUGACUGGCAAGUGCACCCGGGAAUGUGACGAGUACGGCCACUCGGACUCCUGCUGGAUGCCUGUGCGCACGUCGCCAGAGCGACGGCCAUCCAAGUCAACCACCACCCCCCAACAACCAAAGCUUUCCACUUUCAUGAGCGGCAACGGCAGCGGCAGCAGCAGCGCCGAGCAGCCCGGCAGCCAAGAGACCCUCGCCAUGGCCGCCAUGGCCAACGGAGACCCCACCGCCACUCACAUGAUGGGCGACCGCAAUCGCAACCUGCUCAACAAGAAGAUGGCCUCUUCCUCCUCCUCCUAUGAGGCUUUUGGCUCGCCUUCCUACGGCUCGCCUGGAGGUGGGGAGGAGACACUGGGCCACCCCACUGAGGAGAUCCCUCUGGCACCUACUGGGGAGUACAAGCCCACAUCCUGUGGUACUCUGACGCGACGGGAGGUGUACCUGUGAGCUGGGAGUGUUAGACACACCUGCUGUGCCACAACACAUGGCAUUAAAAUACAACACUAAGCAUAGCUGCUUACCCACCACCGUUAAAGCUCUAGAAGCUCUUAGCCACCCUUGUUCUGCACAAGGUAGGACUAAACUCUCUCCAAAGACUUUUACGACAGCUCCAUAAUGAAAAAUCUAAGUGGAUAUAUAAACAUAGUACCAUUUUUUUUAAAGUGCUAAUUCCGGCGAUGACCUGGAAGAAAGGAGGAGGAGGAAAAACUAUUGAGAGCAUUGAUGGGACUUGAGAUGAGGCUGUUUUACUGGCGAGUUGGGCUCUUGUGACAUAAUCUGCUGCCUGACAGUCAAUCUGUACAAUAAUCAACUCAUUUUACAUAUACAAUACAUGCAUGCAUUACCCCCCUUGUCCCCCAUGAAGACCCCAUUUCCUUGAAGAUGACACUGUACAAAAGAGACCAUUUUCUUUUUCUGUUUGUGUUUUUUUCUAGAAACAAAGCUGUACGUGUGGACUAUUUUGACUUUAACGUGUGUCUGGUAAUGCUUUUUUUUUUUUUAUUAUUAUUGUUUUAGAACAGUGCAAGACUCCAGCCACGAUGUUCUGUGGCUGCAACAAUAUAUUGGACAUAAUGGUCUCGAUCGCACCCGAGCUGUCCGUGGAUUCUGUCAUCUUGACUGUUUGUGACGAAAGUUGCUCAUUAGCAGACCAAAACUUGAUUCAAAUCUUAUAACGGGAAAGACUAAGCUUUAAAUAUUCUGCCCACAAAACAAGACCUGUUUCAGUCAGUCUCCUGAAAACGGAGAUUCCUGGACGGAAACGGGAGCCAAUGGGAUUUGCUGCAACGACACAUUGGUUCGGACUACAACACCACUGGUAUACUCUUAACAAACAUACUGUAUGAUGACUGAUUCUAACUUACCAGUG